AGAAGGAGAAGGCAAAUGCUUGAAAUCUCAAUAUUUGAACUGAGAAACACAGUAACAGAACUGGAAAAAAGACUCAUCAGUACUGAAGAUGAAGGUAAUGAAUGGAAAACCAGAUAUGAGAUACAAGUAGAAUUGAACAAACAGCUGGAAAGGCAAAUUAAUAUUCUUCGAGAAAAGGUAGAGCAUAUUCGUGGCAAUCCAGCAGAUAAAUUGUCCAUUGUUUGCACCUUUGAUCAAAUGCUUGUGGGUUUCUUAAAGGAGGUUCUUAAACAACUAGAAGAAGAGAAAAAAAGUCUCCAGAAUCAGCUAAAAGACUAUGAACUUAGACUGGAACAAGAAGCAAAGGCAUACCACAAAGCUAAUGAUGAGCGGUGCAUGUACCUCUCAGAGAUCCUACAGACCUCAGCUACACUUAAAAAUGUGGAAAGGAAAAAAACAGAUGCUCUGACAAGGAAUACUCAGAUACUGAGAAGGAGAUACAGUGUUCCAGGAAACACAAAGAAGGUUAAUCCUCAAAAAGGGGUGAUUAAAAAGACUGUAGGAGUGAAGCAGCAUCCAAGACUAAAACACUGA